AUGCCGGUGAGUCCGCAGUACCGCCUCUUUCAGCAGCGGCACUACCUGGACUACAGCGAGAGGGAUGCGGGGGCGUCGCACCUGUGGCACGCCCACCGCCUGGCGGAGGCGCGGCUGCGGCCCGGCAAAGGCAUCACCGACGCGCCCGAGGUGGACUUUCGCCACCCGGAGUUGAUGGACCGGGAACAGUCGAAGGCGUGCGCGGUGAUGACGCGGCUGCAGCGCCGUGUCGUGGACGAGGAGCAGCGGGUCGUGCGGGGCAACAAAAACCUGCUCGGGCGCCUUCUCGACGUGAACGACGCCGAGUACCGGGAGCGGCGGGGGAUGAACAACCGCCCAACGGAGGAUGAGCUGCGGCGGUGGUACCGCGUGGAGGAGCAGGCGCAGGUGCGGCGGCGGGAUCGUGCGAGGCAGGAGGUGGCCAAGCGGCGGCAGAACCUCAUCGUCAUGCAGCACCUGAUCGAGGCGAGGCCAUCGGUGGCGACGGCGAAGCAGCUGGACCAGUGGCACGAGCAGGAGCACAAGAACCGCGUGCGACAGCUGAGGCGCUUCAGGCGCGCGGAGCCUUUCGCAGGGGCCAACCUGCUCCGCACCGGGUGCGGUGUGAGGCUGGCGGAGCGGAGGACCGACUGCGUGGAGGCUCGCACCGCCGCACUGAAGCCGCUGCUCUGGCGGGAGCACAAGGUGCCGACGCUCAUGGACACGCUGAACUCAGGCACGCUGCUCCCGUCACUAGAGGAGGCGUCGAAAAACUACGCGCAGGGUAACCUCACGCUGAACGCCGCGGACGACUUCGCCUGGGCCUGGACCCAGCCGCUGCGGCGGCGGGAGAAGAAGCCCGCUUGGAAGAACAUCACCGCGCUGGACGCCAAGCUGAUGAACUACGCGAGCGAUGUGGCGCUGGCGCGGGGCGGGGACCUUCCGAUCGUGCGCCGCGAGGAGGAAAACGGCGUCACGCGUCUCUGGCGGGAGGGGCUGGAGCGGAGCCACCGGGCGAGGACGGCGGGCCGGCCAGACGCCACCGCCGCAGAGGGGGGCGCAGGCGCCGCGGCGCCCGGGGAGGGGUUCAAAAGCGCCGUCGGGUGGGACGCGGACCGCUGGAGGUCGCGGACCAGCGUUUUCACUUGGCUGCGGUCGCGCAGCUCAAGGUCGUCGCAGCGGCGCUCCACGACGCCGCCCAUCGAAGGAUGGGCUGCUUUCUCUAGCCUAGGCGACGCGCGGGAGCAGCCGCCUGCCAGAGCCCCUUCGGCAAGCAUAAGACUGAAAGAGCAUGAAGUGUCUUUUUCAGGGUCUCCUAACAGGGAAGCAAACCCAUUUUCCUUUGCUUUUGCCAAGCUCGAUGGGGGCGAUGAUGUGAGUUCUGAGCAGGCUUACAAGGCGCUUGCCAAGCUCGGUGGGGGCGAUGAUGUGAGUUCUGAGCAGGCUCACGAGGCGCCUGCCAAGCUCGAUGGAGGCGAUGAUGUGAGUUCUGAGCAGGCUCACAAGGCGCCUGCCAAGCUCGGUGGGGGCGAUGAUGUGAGUUCUGAGCAGGCUUACAAGGCGCCUGUCAAGCUCGGUGGGGGCGAUGAUGUGAGUUCUGAGCAGGCUUACAAGGCGCCUGUCAAGCUCGAUGGGGACGAUGCUGCGAAUUCUGAGCAGGCUUACAAGGCGACUGCCGCUGCGGACCAGGGCUUGGAGAAGGCUCUGCGUGGCCGCCGCUCCUUGGCAGAGUGGGCGGCAGAGUUGCGGUGCUCACAAACGCCUUUUGUGCCGUACUAG